AUGGCGAACGACAACAAUUCGGAGCGCCAUCAGCGGUGGUUGCGGCGGCAGCUGCAGCAGCACAUGCCGCGGCUUUUUCCGCUCAUAGAAGAAGCGCUCGCGGCCUCCGCGCCCAACGCGCAGCAAUUUGUACAGGACCCGAGUGUAGAUGUGCUUAUAACGGACGAGAACACUGCGUAUGACGUGGAGGACCUCCUUGCUGACCUGGCAUCACGAGCUAGACGCAGCAGUGCAGGAGAACGGAAUGGAGGCAGAGGCAGAAGGAGUAGUGGUGUCCUUUCCGUUCUCCCUCUUCCCGUCCUCAUCCUUCCCUUUCCAUCCGCCCACCCCGCACCUCCUCCCCCUCCACUCCCCACUCGCCCCCGCUUCCCCCAUUCCGCAGGAAUGCCUGGGGCGGAGCAGCUAGACGCAGCAGUGCAGGAGAACGGAAUAGAGGCAGAGGCAGAAGCAGUAGUAGCAUUCCUGCUGAUCUCCCUCUUCUCGCCCUCAUCCUUCCCCUUCCCUCUCCCCAUCUUCCUCCCCACCUUCCCCUCGCCCCCAGGAGUGCCCGGGGCGGAGCAGCUAGACGCAGCAGUGCAGGAGAACGGAAUAGAGGCAGAGGCAGAAGGAGUAGUGGUCUUUUUCGAUGUGCUCAUGGCGGUUCUAGAUCAAUACUUGGGGAACAGACUUGGGAGUAAAGGGGAACCGGGCGAUUGGGCGAGUGGGAGUGGAGAGGAGAGUGGGAGUGGUGGUGGGAGUGAGGAGGAAAGUGGGAGUGAGAGAGGGAGUGAGGAGGAAAGUGGGAGUGAGAGAGGGAGUGAGAGGGGGAGUGAGGGGGAGAGUGGGAGUGAGAGAGGGAGAGAAAGCGGGAGUGGGAGCGUGGAGGAGAGAGGGAGCGGGAGUAGGAGUGGGAGUGGGAGUGGGAGUGAGAGGGGAAGUGAGAGAGGGAGUGAUAGUGGGAGUGAUGUGCCCGUGGGAGCAAUGGUGGGAGAUGAAGACGAGGGAGAAGGGGAGUAUGGGUAUGAAUAUGAAGGGGAGCGAUCAGGGGAGGAGGAUGUGUCAGAUGGUGGGGAGGGGAGUGAGGGAGAUUUGGAUGAGGAGGAGGUGAGUCGAGAGGAAUUGAGCGAAGAGGGAUCGAGUGAAGAGGAAAUGAGGGAUGAGGAAAUGAGGGAUGAGGAAGGGAGUGAGAGAGAUUUGAGUGAGGAGGAUUUGAGGGAUGAGGAAGGGAGUGAGAGAGAUUUGAGUGAGGAGGAUUUGAGGGAUGAGGAAGGGAGUGAGAGAGAUUUGAGUGAGGAGGAAAUGAGGGAUGAGGAAAGGAGGGAGAGAUAUUUGAGUGAGGAGGAAAUGAGGGAUGAGGAAAGGAGUGAGAGAGAUUUGAGUGGGGAGAGUGUGAGUGAGGAGGAAUACGAUCCUGAUAGGCAAGGGGGUGAGGAGGAGGAGGAGGAGGAGGAGGAGGUGGACAGAAGUGGCAGUUUUGAUGGUGAUGUGCAGGAGAGUGGGGAUGGGUACGACUCGGAGGAGUAUGCUGCUGCAGGGAGAGGGGCCGAGGAGCAUGGGCAUGGGGAUGGGGACUCGGACGGGGAUGGGCGUGGGAGUGAGGCGGAGGAACUGGAGGGGGAUGAUGAUGCAGAGUAUGCGAGUGAGAGUCGGAGUCACAGUGUUGGGGGUAGCGCUGCUGACAGUGCCAGUGAGAGAGGUGGUGAGAGUGGUAGUGAGAUUGGCAGUCGCAGUGGCAGUAGCAGGAGCGGCAGCGGCAGCGGUGGCAGCAGAGGGAGUGAGGAUGGAGGGGGUGGGAGUGAGGGUGGUGAUUAUAGGGAUGAUCCGCCUGGGGAUGAUGGUGUUUAUAGUGAUGAGGAUGAUGAUGGUGGGAGUGAUGAUGAUGGGAGUGAUGGUAGUGAUGAUGUUCCUAUUGCUCGGCCAGGGGACAUGGAUGGUCAAGGCGACUGGUCCCGUGGGGAGGAUGAUGUGUCACAUGGGGAGGAUGAGGAGUCGCAGGAGGAGGAUGACGUGUCACAUGAUGAGUCACAAGGAAUGGAUGACGUGUCACAUGGGGAGGAUGAGUUGUCACAUGGGGAGGAUGAUGUGUCACACAGAGAGGGUGACGAAUCACAUGAUGAGUCACGCGGGGAGGAUGACGUGUCACAUGGUGAUGAGCAGAACGUGCAUGGUGAUGCUGAGCUGUAUGGGGAUGACCAUGAUUCACGUAGUGGUAGCUAUGACUCGCAUGGGGAUGAGCAGCCGUUUACAUCAGGCCCUGUGUCUGCAUCAGCAUCAGAAUUGGAUGCAGAAUUGCAAGGCACGGGAUCAGAGCAGGAUUUAGGUCUGAAUCGCGAUUUGGAGUCCGAGCAAGAUUUGGGUUCGGAGCAAGAUUUGGGUUCGGAACAGGAUUUGCGGUCGGAGCAAGAUUUAGGUUUGGAAUCGGAAGAGGAGACAGGUUUAGGACAAGAUAGGGGUUCGGAAGAAGUGACGGGAUCGGAACAGGAUAUGGGGUCGGAGCAUGAUAGGGAAUCAGAUGAGGAGGUGGGAUCGGAGGAUGAUUUGCCGCGCGACCUGGUUCCAGAAGCACGCAUGGGAUCAGAGCACGGUACAGAAUCGGAACAGGAUAUGAGAUCGGAAGAAGAUACGGGGUCGCAGCAUGAAAUGGGAUCGCAAGACGGCAUGGAAUCGGAAGAAGAUAUGGGAUCGGAGGUUGAAGGGUCGGAGGGAGACAUGGGUUCUCAACUGGGUGGAAGCUCGGAAGAGGAUUUAGGAUCGGAACAUGAUGAAGGAUCGGAAGAGGAUAUGGGAUCGGAGGGAGAACUGGGGUCGGAGGAAGAGUCGGAUGAUGAUGCUGAUAUUGUUGUGGCAGCAGCGGCAGUGGUGGGCGACAGUCGGGAGUAUGGUGAUGGGAUGGAAUCGGAACAGGAUAUGGUAUCAGAGGGAGGCACGGGGUCGGAGGGAGAGUCGGAUGAUGAUGCAGUGGUGGCAUCAGCAGCAGUGAUGGGCGACAGUCGGGAGUAUGGUGGUGGGAUGGCAUCGGAACAGGAUCAGGACAUGGGAUCAGAGGGAGACACGGGGUCGGAACAAGAGUCGGAUGAUGAUGCUGUGGUGGCAGCAGCAGCAAUGAUAGGAGACAGUCAGGAGUAUGGUGAUGGAAUGAUAUCGGAACAGGAUAUGGUAUCAGAGGGAGACUUGGGGUCGGAGGGAGAGUCGGAUGAUGAUGCAGUGGUGGCAUCAGCAGCAGUGAUGGGCGACAGUCGGGAGUAUGGUGAUGGAAUGGAAUCUGAAAGGGGUGGAUCAGAGGGAGACAUGGUAUCCGAUGGAGACAUGGUGUCGGAACAAGAGUCGGAUGAUGAUGCAGUGGUGGCAGCAGCAGCAGUGGUGGGAGUGGGAGACAGUCGGGAGUAUGGUGAUGGGAUGGAGGUGGAGGGGGGUGUGCGGCAAGAGGGUAUGGGGUCGGAGCAUGAUGAAGGAUCGGAAGAGGAUAUGGGAUCAGAGGGAGAACGAUCGGAGGAAGAGUCAGAUGAUGAUGCGGUGGUGGCAUCAGCAGUGGUGGGAGACAGUCGGGGGCACGGUACAGGGUCAGAGCAUGAUGAAGGGUCGGAAGAGUCAGAUGAUGAGGCAGUGGUGGCAUCAGCAGCAGUGGUGGGAGACAGUCGGGAGUAUGGUGAUGGGAUGGAGAGGGGGGACGGAGAAGAGCAAGAGGAGGACGAGGAGGAGGUGGAGGAGGAAGAUGAGGAGGAGGGAUGGGACAAGAGCAACGAGGGGGAAAAAAGUGCCUCAUCUGACGACGAUUCUGCUCCCCUGGCCUCUCAGUUGGCUUCUGAAGCGCCUCAAAAGCCAUCCUCCGAUUCCUCGUCUGAUGAUGAGGACUCUGUUCCCGUAGCCUCUCAGCUCGCCUCCUCCUCUCUCCCUCCUGCCACUGCCGCACCAUCACAACAGCUCCUUUCUCACCCGCAUCAAGAACCAGAAACUUCCGUCACACCUGCCUCUGUCCCCCUUGCUGCGGAGACUCCUGCAGGCGAGGGGGCUUACUGUGGGGAAUCGGCAGUGGGGAGCUUACAAGGGCAGGUGGGGAGAGAGUAUGGGGGUGAGGGGCGGUUGGGGGAACGGGCAGAUGAUGGGGGCAUGAGGGAGCAGCUAAGGGACUCUAUGAGUGUUGAGGGAAGGUUGAAAGUAGCAGAAGCAGCAGCAGUGGCAACAUCAGCAGCAGCAGGAGAAGCAGCAAUAGGAGAAGGAGAAGAAGGGAACAGAGAGACAGGAGAGGGAAGAGGCGAAGAGGAAGAGUCAGCAGCCGUGGCAGGAGGGGCAGUGGAAGCAGUGGCGAAAGGAGGAGAUGGGGGGUUUGAGAGGGAUAAAGAUGGGAGCGUGGGAAGUGGAGAGAUGGAGUAUGGUUACGAGGAGUGGAGAGAUGAGGAAACACCGAGGCAGAGAGAGGAGGAGCAAGAGGAGGUUGUUGUGGGAGGUGAGAGCAAGUCUGUUUUGGAGUCUGAGUCGAGUCAUGAACAGCAAGUGGUUGCUGCGGGGGUUGAGGAGAAGGGUGAAGUAGAGAAAAUCGACGAAGCAGAGAUGGGCAAGGCAGGGGACAAGGGCGAAGCAGGGGAGGAGGGCAAAACAGACGGGAACAGGGAGGAAGAAAGGGAGGAAGGCAACGUGGAGGGAAGCGAGAGCAAGGAAGUGGAUAGGGAUAGGGAUGUGGUGAUGGUUGUUGGUGUGGACAUGGCAGGGCAAGAGUGGGAGGCGCAGGGAUUGAGGAAUGAGAGGGAAACCGUAGCACAGGGGAAUUCAGGAGGUAGCAGGCUGGAGGUGAGGGAGCAGAGGCAGCAGAGGGAGGAUGGAGAAGGGAUGGAAGGCAGCAGUCGGGAGGAUGGGGUGGAUGGUGAUGGGGAGAGGGAGGGUGUGAGGGAGCGAGCUGGAAGUGAAAGGGUGGAAGGGAGUGAGGGGAUGGAGAGGGGGAAUGUGGAUGAGGAGGGAGCUUAUGAGAGGCAACAGCAGCAUUGGAACGAGCGGUGGAGAGAGAAGGGGAGUGAGGAGGGGAGUGAGAAAGGGAGCGAGGAGGGGAGGGAGGAGGGGAGCGAGAAGGGAAGUGAGGAGGAGAGUGAUGAUGAUGUGGUGAUGGCAGCAGCAGCAGGGGGGGGGAGUGAUGGUGAUGGUGAUGGUGAUGUUGAUGUGGUGAUGGCAGCAGCAGCAGGGGGGGGGAGUGAUGGUGAUGGUGAUGGUGAUGUUGAUGUGGUGAUGGCAGCAGCAGUGGUGGAGGAAAGUGAUGGAGAGUCGGGAGACGAGGGGAGAGAGGAGGGUAGCCUGAGGGAGGUGGAUGGUGCGGAAGGUAGGAAAAGGAUUUGUGAGUGGGGGAGUGAGAGAGGGAGUGCGAGCGGGAGUGAGAGGGAGUGGGAGGGAAUCGAUGCAGUUCGAGAACGGGGGCAGCAAUGGGGAGAGGAGGAGAGUGAGCCUGGUGAUAUGGACGAGAUGGAAGCGGAAGGGAGAAGUGAAGGGGGAAGUGAGACGGGGAGUGAGCAGAGGAGUGGAGGAGAAAGUGAGGAGGGAAGUGAGGAGGGAAGUGAGAAGGGAAGUGAGAAGGAGAGUGAGGAGGGGAGUGAGGAGGGGAGUGAGGAGGGGAGUGGGGAGGAAAGAGAGGAUGGUGAUGUGUAUGCAUUGGAGGAUGAGCAGAGAAGCGAGGGGGGGAGUGAGAGUAGAGGGGGACGUGAUGAGGUUGAUGACAGAGAUGGGUUUGAGAGAGGAAGUGAGAGUGGGAGUGAGAGAGGGAGUGAGGGUGGGAGUGAGGCGGAGAGCGAUCGGGAGAGUGUGGAAGGGAGUGUGAGAGAGGGCAGUGAGGAUGCAAGAAGUGAGGAGGAGAGGAAUGAGGAGAGGAGUGAGGAGGGGAGCGAGGAGUGGAAGGGAGACACUGCAGAGUUGGAGGGGAGGGAGGGAAGGGAUGACGAGGAGGAUGAGGACAAUAGCAGAAGUGGGAGUGAUUCUUCGGGAGGGGAAGAGGAGGCGGAAGGGGAAGGAGAAGAGGAAAAGAGAAGAGGAGGCAGUGAGUUUGGGGAGAGGAGUGGAUCAGAGAGUGGGCGUUCGGAGGAGGAGUAUGGUUCGAGAGUGGAGGGUGCAGAGAGGGAGGAUUCGCGUGUGUGGGAGCAAGGGGAGGAAGAUUCGCGUGUGUGGGAGCAAGGGGAGGAAGAUUCGCGUGUGUGGGAAGGGGAGGAUUCGCGUGUGUGGGAGCAAGGGGAGGAGGAUUCGCGAGUGUGGGAGCAGGAGUCAGGGGAUGAAGCUUCGGAGAAAGAAGGUUCUGAGAGGGGCUCUAUUGCUGAGGGGUCAGAGGACGGGGUUGGGAAUGGGGAUUUGGAUAGUAUGAGUGAAACUGAAGGAUCAGAGGGGAUGGGGGUGGAGGAGAGGGUGGAGGGAGGAGGUGGAUUGGAGGCUGGGGAGAGAGAUGAAGAGGAUGAAAGAUUGGAAGAAGAGAGAUCAGAGGAGAGAUCAGAAGAGGAGAGAUCAGAAGAGGAGAGAUCAGAAGAGGAGAGAUCAGAAGAGGAGAGAUCAGAAGAGGAGAGAUCAGAAGAGGAGAUAUCAGAAGAAGAGAGAUCAGAAGGAGGAGGGGAAGCGGAUGGAGUGUGGGCAGUGGAAGGGGAGGAGGAGGAGGAGCAGCGAGAGCAAGAGGAGGAGACAGAUGAGGAGGAAAAUCAGGAAUCAGGGGACGAUGGGAGAUUAAAAGAGCUGGAGAGUGGGAGGAGGUGGGAUGGGAAAGAGAGGAACGAAGGGAGUGAGGGGAGUGAGGGAGGAGAGGAGAGUGAGGGUAGCGAAGAGGAGUUUGAGCAAGUGAGGGAGGAGUCGAGAGAGUGGGAGGGGGAAGAUGUUGAUGGGGGUACAGGAGAGUGGAGGAAUGAAAGUGGAAGGUUUGAUUGUGCUUUGAGUGGUAGGAGUGAUGGGAUGGAGAGAGAUCAAGGAGAAAGGAGUGAGGAGGGAAGUGAGGAUAGGGGUGAGGAGGGGAGUGAGGAGGGGAAUGAGGAGAGGAGUGAAGAGGGGAGUGAGGAGAGAAAUGAGGAGGGAAGUGAGGAGGGAAGUGAGGAGAGGAGCGUUGUGGGGAGCGAGGAGAGGAACGAGGGUGGGAGUGAGGGGAGGAGCGAAGAGGAGAGGAGUGAGAUGGAAGAGGAUUGGGACGGGAGGAGGGAUCAGGGUGAUGAGGCGAUGAUCGGGCAUAGUGACGGGGAGGAGAAGGGAAUGCAGCAUAGUGACAGUGAGGAGGAGGGGAGAUGGGAGGAGGAGGGGAGUGAGAGAGGAAGCCAGCACAUGGAGGGUUCAGAGUAUGAGAGGGAUGGGGGGAGUGAGGAUGAAGAGUACGAGAGAAGCGAAGAGGAGAGGAGUGAGGACGAGGAAGAGGAAAGGAGUGAGGAGGAAGAUGAGAGGAGUGAGGAGGAGGAAGAGGAGGAAGAGGAGGAGGAGGAGGAAGAGGAGGAAGUACCGGUGGUGCUGGCUGCUGGUCCGUUUGUGAGAGCAGCAGUUGGAUCAGCGGUUGCAGCUGCAAGGGAGGAUGGGAGCAACAUAGAGGAAUCUAGAGAGGAAGGAGAGGAGGAGAGUGAGGUGGAGAGUGAGGAGGGAAUGGAUGAGGCGGAUGAGGAGGAGAGAGCUUUGAGCGUGGAGCAGGAGGACAGUGAGGAGGAGAGUGAGGUUGAGGGAGAGGAAGGGGGAAGGCAGGAAGGUGGUAGGGAGAGUGAGGAUGAGAGGUAUGGGGAGAAUGAGGAGAGUGAGGAGGGGAGUGAGGGGGGACGUGUGGAGGAAUUUGAGGAGGGUGGAUCGGGAAGGAGAGAUGAAGAAGACAUGCGUGCAGAGGUGAUGGUAGGGGAGGAGGGAGGGGAUGGGGCGAGUGGGAGUGAGAGUGAGAAAGAGAAUGAGAGAGAGAGUGAGAGUGAGAGUGAGAGUGGGAGUGAGAAAGGGGAGGACGGCCAUGGAGGGGCGGUCAUGUACAGAGAAGCAGAGGGGGACCCGGAAGGAGACAUGUAUGGGGAUGGGAUGCAGGAGGAUGGGUCAUCAGUGCACGAGAGUGACAGUGAGGAGGGGAGCAUGAGAGAGAGUGAAGAGAUGCGUGGGGCACGUGGGAUGGAAGGAAUGGAGGGGAUGGUUAGAAGUUUUGAUAGCGAUGGUGAAGGGGAUAUGUAUGGGGAUGGGGAGAGCGGUGAGCUGAUUGAUGGGCGGAAGGAUGGGGAGCAGGAGAUGUAUGGGGAUGGAGGGAAUGGGGAGGAUGGGCGCAGUGAUGGGGAGGAUGGGCGCAGUGAAGGGGAGGAUGGGCGCAGUGAAGGGGAGGAUGGGCGCAGUGAAGGGGAGGAUGGGCGCAGUGAAGGGGAGGAUGGGCGCAGUGAAGGGGAGGAUGGGCGCAGUGAAGGGGAGGAUGGGCGCAGUGAAGGGGAGGAUGGGCGCAGUGAAGGGGAGGAUGGGCGCAGUGAAGGGGAGGAUGGGCGCAGUGAAGGGGAGGAUGGGCGCAGUGAAGGGGAGGAUGGGCGCAGUGAAGGGGAGGAUGGGCGCAGUGAAGGGGAGGAUGGGCGCAGUGAAGGGGAGGAUGGGCGCAGUGAAGGGGAGGAUGGGCGCAGUGAAGGGGAGGAUGGGCGCAGUGAAGGGGAGGAUGGGCGCAGUGAAGGGGAGGAUGGGCGCAGUGAAGGGGAGGAUGGGCGCAGUGAAGGGGAGGAUGGGCGCAGUGAAGGGGAGGAUGGGUGCAGUGAAGGGGAGGAUGGGCGCAGUGAAGGGGAGGAUGGGCGCAGUGAAGGGGAGGAUGGGCGCAGUGAAGGGGAGGAUGGGCGCAGUGAAGGGGAGGAUGGGCGCAGUGAAGGGGAGGAUGGGCGCAGUGAAGGGGAGGAUGGGCGCAGUGAAGGGGAGGAUGGGCGCAGUGAUGGGGAGGAUGGGCGCAGUGAUGGGGAGGAUGGGCGCAGUGAUGGGGAGGAUGGGCGCAGUGAUGGGGGUUUAUCAAGGGAAGAAGAUGAGGAUGAGGAGAGGGUCAUGCAUGGGGAUGAGGAAGAGGAAGAGGAUGUAGCAGGGGGAAGGUCCGCACUCGAGAGUGAUGAUGAGGAAGGAGAGGUGGAGAGGAGUGGAGAGUGGGAGCGGAGUGGAGAGAUGGAUAGGAGUGGAGAGUGGGAGCGGAGUGGAGAGAUAGAGAGGAGUGGAGAGAUGAUGGGUGGAGUGGUGGGUGGUUCACACAUGGGGUUUGAUGCAGGUCCCUGGGAGCAUGCGGAAGCUGAGGAAGAAUCAGGGGAGGGGGAGUCAGAGGAGGAGGGGUCAGAAGAUGGAGGGUUGGAAGAGGGGGGGUUGGAAGAGGGGGGGUUGGAAGAGGGGGGAUCGGAAGAUAUGGGAUCAAGAGGAGAGAGUGUGGAUGGGGAAGAGGAUAUGUAUGGGGAUGGCACUACAGCAGGGCUUUUGGGAGAUGAAACGGGGUGUGCACAGCAUGGCAUCGACCAAUCAGGAGGUGACAUGGGCAUGGGCAUGGACAUGGGGGGUUCAGUAGACUCUGAGAGUGAUGGCUAUGAUGGGAUGGGUCAUUCAGGGGAAGUGCCUGAAGUCUCAGGUGAAAUUUCAGGUGGUUUGAUGGCCCAGGUGGCUCAGAUGCAGGAUGGGAGGCCUGGUCCCUAUUUAGUGUAUUCAGGUGAAAUGGCAGCAUCAGGAGAGGUUACACCUUUAGGGGAUGUUGGGUGGCAAUCAGGAGGAGAAGAAGCAGAGCGAGGGCUUGGGGAUGAUGGUCUUGAUUCGGGAGAUGACAUGGAUGCUUCAGAAGAUGAAACGAGGGAGUUUGAAGAUGGAACGAGAGAGAUUGAGGAUGGAACGGGCGAGUUUGGGGACGAAACGAGGGAGCUUGGGGAUGAAACGAGAGAGCUUGGGGAUGAAACGAUGGAACUAAAGGAUGAGACGAGGGAGUCUGAGGAUGAAAUGAGGGAGUCCGAGGAUGAAUCGAGGGAGUUUGAGGAUGAAACGAGGGAGUUUGCGGAUGAAACGAGGGAGUUCGCGGAUGAAACGAGGGAGUUUGCGGAUGAAACGAGGGAGUCUGGGGAUGAAACGAGGGAGUUCGCGGAUGAAACGAGGGAGUUCGCGUAUGAAACGAGGGAGUUUGCGGAUGAAACGAGGGAGUCUGGGGAUGAAACGAGGGAGUCUGAAGAUGAAACGAGGGAGUCUGAAGAUGAAACGAGGGAGUCUGGGGAUGAAACAAGGGAGUUUGAAGAUGAAACGAGGGAGUCUGGGGAUGAAACAAGGGAGUUUGAAGAUGAAACGAGGGAGUCUGGGGAUGAAACAAGGGAGUUUGAAGAUGAUUCGGGGGAGUUUGGGGAUGAAACGAGGGAGAUUGAGGAUGAAACGCGAGAGCCUAAGGAUGAAACGAGGGAGUCUGAGGACGGAACGAGGGAGUUUGAGGAUGAAACGAGGGAGUUUGGAGAUGAACUGGGUGAGGCUGGCAACAUGCCAAUCACAAUGGAGCAGUCAGGCGAGGCAGUGGAGCUUUCUGGAGAUGAAACGAGUCAGUUAGGGGAUGAAAUGGGUGACUACGAAGGGACUGGGGAGUACAGUGGAGAGCACAUGGAGAGGGGCGAAGGAGAGGAGGGGAGUGCGAGUGAGGGAGAGAGGAGUGAGGAGGAAAAUGAGGGAGAGGGAGAGAGGAGUGAGGGAGAGGGGAGUGAGGGAGAGGGUAGUGAGGGAGAGGGUGAGGGAGAGGAGAGUGAGGGAGAGACUGAGGGAGAGAGGAGUGAGGAAGAGAUUGAGGGAGAGAGGAGUGAGGAGGAGAGAGAGUUAGAGAUUGAGAGAGAAAGGAGUGAGCAAGAAAAUGAGGGAGAGAGGAGUGAGGAGUGUGAGGGAGAGACUGAAAGAGAGAGGAGUGUGGGAGAGAGUGAGAAAGAGAGGAGUGAGGAAGAGCGGAGUGAGGGAGAGAGGAGUGAAGGAGAGAGGAGUGAGGAAGAGAGUGAGGGAGAGAUGACUAAGGAGAGGUACUGGGCAGAAGAGAGCGGUGUUGUGGAUGGGGAAGAGGGUGGGUCGAGUGGGAGUGAGGGUGGUGUGGUAGCAGCUACGAUGGUAGAGGAAGACGAGGACGAGGAGGAGGAGGAGGAGGAGGAGGGAGAUAAAGAGGAGGAGAGUGGAGAGGAAGAGAUAGGAGGAGGGAGUGAGAUGGGAGAGGGUGAGAGUGUGGGAGGAUGGGUGGAGAGCGGUGAGGGACAUAGGGGUGGAGAGAGGGGACUGGAGGGUAGGUGGGGCAUGCAGAAUGGAAUGGAACUCGGUGGCAUGGGUAUGAGUGCGGAUGGCAUGGAUAUGGAUGCAGAUGACAUGCGUGUUGAUUCAAAUGACAUGGGUGUGCAUUCAGGUGGUGGUGUGGAUAUGAAGUUCGGUGUACUGGAUUCCAUUGGUAAGGACGCACUUGGAGGGACUAAGCCAAGCGUUGUAGGGAGUGAAGGGGGGGAGGCAUGGGAAGAGGAGGGGAGCAAUGCACUUGAGAGGGGAGAUGGCGCGGGGAGUGACGAGGAGAGUGAGAAAGAGAUUGAGGAAGAUGAGUGGGAGAAAGAGGAUGAGGGCCGAGGCUUGGAGAAUGGCACAGCUUUGCAGGGCGCCCGAGGCUCGGAACCGCAUGGAGGUUCGGAGGAUGGCUCGGACCGAGCCUCGGAUGUGGGAGAAGGAAAUGGAGUAGCAGGGUCUGACAAGGAUUAUGAUGACGUGGCAGAGGCUGAGAUUGUUGGUAGAAUGUCAGGUGAUCUGCCACGUGAGGUGUCAGGUGAGGCGUCAGGUGAAUUGUCAGGCGAUUUUGGACUUUCAGGUGAGAAUUGCGUUUCAGGAGGAGAGAAGGCCAUGCAGAGUCAUGCCAUGCAGAGUCAUGCCAUGGCAAACGUGGCUGGUAGUAGUACUGACAUGGAUAGCAGGGAUGCCGCCACCACCCUUGCCCCUGGGAACACAUUGUUCCAGUCUCAGCAGCAGUCCUUGCAUUCAGAGAGCGAGUCUGAGGGGUCUGCGGGAUUGGCAAUAGCUGCAGCAGCACCAGCAUUGGGGGCACAGGAAGCAGCAGCAGGAGGGCAGCAAUCAGUCGCAGCAGCAGCACCAGCAGCACCAGCAGCAGCAGUAGCAACGGAAGCAGAACCCAAAGAAGCAGCCGCACCAUCACCACCAGAAGCAGCAGCAGCCGCAAACGUGGGAGGAGCAGCAGCAUUGGUGGCGAAGGCAGAGCCUUCGGUGCUAGAAGUAGCAGCAGAGGGGAAGAAUACGCAGCAACAGAUGCAGCAGCAGCAGCAGCAGCAGCUGCAGCAGGAGAGUGUGCAGAAGAAGGAGAGUGGGUGGGUGUCGUGGAUGGGAGGUGCAGUGGCAAGCCUGCUCACCCCACAUGUGCGGAAACCCUCUGUUGACGUCACUGCAAUGCAGGCUGCAGCGCCUCCUCAAGUAUUACCUGAGGUAACACCUGAGAAAACACCUGAUGUUACAGCACCUGCUGGUGUUACGGCACCUGAUGUCACGAAAGGUGGCCUUUCAGCAGUGCAAGAGCUACCUUGUAGUAAGGAUACAGGCAGCUUUUUAACAGCUGGUAACGGUCCCUUGCCACUAGAACACGGCAUGGCUCCUGAGGCGAACCCACCUGCCCCUGCCGAACCUGCUGUUACCGAGCCUGUCACUGCCAAGCCUGCUUUUGCCGAACCUGUGCCUGCCGAGCCUCUGUUGUGGAAGUCUGCUGGAGAGGGAACAGAGGGGGCGGUACUGUUUCAGGUGGCUGGGAAAACACCUGCGUCAGGUGGUAUGGUGCAGUCAGGUGGGACUGGGACCCUGCCAGGUGAAUUCCCAGGAGGUUUGCUCCAAGGGAAGAUGCCCAACGGGUAUGCUAGUAUGGCAGCAUCGGAAGGAAGUGUGGGAAGUGGAAGGAGCGAGGGAGCCGAGAGUGAGGAGGGUGAGGGGAAUGAAGGGGGUGAGGGGAGUGAAGGGGGUGGGGGGAGUAAAUUGGGUGUGGGGAGUGAGGGUUUGGAGCGUGGUUCCAGUGGUAUGAGUGAAGAGAGGGCAGGCGAUAUGUAUGGUGCUGGAGAAGGUGAUGCGUCUGGUGGGGAGGAAGGGGAUAUGUAUGGUGAGGGUGGUGGAAGUGAUGCAUUCAAUGGGGAGGAAAGGGACAUGCAUGGUGGGGAGAAAAGUGAUAUGUAUGGUGAUGGUGAGAGUGAUAAUUCUGGUUGCGGGGAAGGGGAUAUGUAUGGUGGGGAGAGAAGCGAUAUGUAUGGUGAGGGUGAGAGUGAUAAUUCUGGUGGAGAGGAAGGGGAUAUGUAUGGUGGGGAGAGAAGCGAUAUGUAUGGUGAGGGUGAGAGUGAUAAUUCUGGUGGAGAGGAAGGGGAUAUGUAUGGUGGGGAGAAAAGUGAUAUGUAUGGUGAUGGUGAGAGUGAUAAUUCUGGUGGCAGGGAAGGGGAUAUGUAUGGUGGGGAGAGAAGUGAUAUGUAUGGAGAGGUUGAAAAUGAUAUGUCUAACAGGGAGAAAGAUGAUGUGGAUGGUGAGGGUGAAAGUGAUGCUUCUGGUGGGGAGGAAGGGGAUAUGUACGGUGAGGAGAGAACAGAGGAGUUAAGUGGGGUGCAACGAUCACAUGAAGGAUGGAGGGAAGAAUCCGAAGAGAGAAGGUCCGACGAAGAGGGGAGAUCAGAAGACGAGAGGUCAGAAGAAGGGGAGUCAGAGGAGAGGGAAGGAUUAGAAGAGGGGAGGUCAGAAGAGGGGGCAUCAGAAGAAGGGAGGUCAGAAGUGGGAGAGCCGGAAGGGGAGGAGAGAGAGGAGCGAGAUUCACAGGGUGAGUUCGCUGAGAGGCGUGAUGAGUGGGGCGGAGAGAGAGGCUCAGGUGCAGAGUGGGAGGAUGGGCAGGAGGAGCAAUCGCAGAAUGGGGAAGAGGAAGAGGAGGAGGAGGAAGAGGAAGAUGAGGAGGAAGGAAGAAGGCAUGCAGAUGGAGCAAGGAUGGGAGAGGGGUUUCCAAGACCGUGGGAGCAGCAGGGUGGGUGGGAGGGACAGGAGAGCGAGGAGGGGGAAGAGGAGCAAAAAGAGGAGGAAGAGGAAGAAGAGGAAGAGGAGGGGGACAGGCGAUGGGGAGGCGAGGACUGGGGCGGACAACGAGGAGGAGGAGGAGGAGGAGGAGGAGGAGGGGACGGGAGGUUUCUUGAAGGGAACGAUGGGAGGGCUCUGAAUUUAAACCAGGAGGAGGAUGGAGAGUCGGAUCUGAUGAGUGAUGGUGGAAACGGCAUGGGUUCAUUUGAGCAGCGGGAGGAUUAUCAUAGCGGCGAGCAUAGCGGCGAGCGUAGCGGCGAGCAUAGCGGUGAGGAUCGAGAGAUGGGUGCUGAUGGUGUUGAUAUGGGGUGGGAUGAGAGGAGUGAAGGGAGCUUCGUGGGGAGGAAUGAGGAGGAGAGCAGAGAGGAGGAGGAGAGGAGUGGGGAGGAGGAAAGGAGUGAUGAGGAGGGGAGUGAGGAGGAGAGGCGUGAGGAGGAGAGAAGUGAGGAGGAAGUGAGGGAUGAGGAGGAGAGGAGUGAGGAGGAAAUGCAGAGGGGGGAGAGCAUGGGGAGUGAGAGUGCUGAUGGGGCAGAACAGGUAGGCGAGUGGGAGGGGGAAGGAAGCAGUGAACAGGGUGGCGGCGGUGAUAUGUAUAGUGGUGCUAUCCUGGGGGAAGAGUCGGAGGAGGAAGAGGAGGAGGAUGAGGAGGAGGAGCAGGAGGAGCAGGAACAGGAGGAAGAAGAGGAGGAGGCACGUUAUGGCAGCUCUCUCCCUCCACCCUCCCAUCCCUCCCACUCCUCCCAUGUCAGCAACGUGCCUCCCUUACCGCCCUCGCUCCCGCCUGCUCUAGCCGCCCGCCUCGAGUCUUUCUCCCCCUAUGCCCGCGUGACCUCAUGGUCUGCUGAUAAUCGCCAGUCCAUGCCACAAGCCUUGGGGGGCGCUGGGGGCAUGGGAAGAAUGGGGAAUGGUGUGAUGGCGUAUGGUAAGGCAAUGCGAAGUUAUAGCAACAGGGAUUAUGGGGUGGGGGUAGAGCAGGGUAAGGCAAUGAGGAGUUAUAGCAAUAGAGAUUAUGGUGGGGGUGUAGAGUAUGGUAAAGCAAUGCGGAGCUAUAGCAACAGGGAUUACCAGGGUGGGAAUGCGCAAGGCACGGCGCUUCGGAGCUUCAGCAACAGGGAUUUUGGCGCGCGAAGGAGAAACGGGGCGGAGCUUGGGAGGGAAGGAGCGGUGGUGGAGGGAGAGGGAGGGGGAGGAGGAAGGCAAGAUGGAGCUUGGAAGGAAGCAUGGAGGCCGUUUCAGGGUGUUUCGGUGCAAGCUGUGGGGUCACAGCUUGGCAAUCGAGGCGGUGCUGUUGCUGGGGAUGGCAUGGGUGGGGCAGGGGCGAGGGUGGUGGAGGAGGAGGUAGAGGGAAGGGAUGAGGAGCAGGGAAGACUGUGGGAGGAAGUUAAUGAGGAGGAGGAAGACGAAAAAGAUGAGGCAUUGGAGGAGGGUAGAUUGUGGGAGGAAGUGGAGGAGGAGGAGGAGGAGGAGGAGGACGACGACGACGAGAAAGAUGACGAGGCAGUAGAAGAGGGCAGAUUGUGGGAGGAAGCAGAGGAGGAGGAAGAGGAGUCAGAGGAGGAAGGGGAGGGAGGGUUAAGGGAGCAGGAGGGAUCCCGGCAAUUGCUAUGGAAUGACGGUGAAGCUAUAGAAGAGGGGAGUGAGGAGCAGGAGCAGAGCGAGGGGGAUGAGGCGAACGAGGAAGGUAGGGGAAUUGAGGGGAGUGAAGGGAGUGAGGGGAGUGAAGGGAGUGAGGGGAGUGAAGGGAGUGAGGGGAGAGAGGAACAGAGGUACGGCAUGGAGGAGUAUGGAGAGGUGUUGGAUGGGGAUGGAGGGUGGGACGGAGAGGGAGGUGGAGAAGGGAGGGGGAUGAGAGGGCAAUACGGAGGCAUGGAGGUGGGAAGUGAUAGUGAUGGGGCUGAGGAGAGUGGGAUGUUUGACGGGCAAUUGGAAAGGGUUGUGGAGGAGGGAAUGGGAGAGGGAGAGGGGGAGAGAGAGGAAGAAGAAGAGGGAUGGGUGGGAGAGGAAGGAGAUGGGAUGAGGGAGGUAAAGCAGGGGAAGGAAGGCAAGCUAUGGUCAGAUGAUGAGGAGGAAGAAGAGGAAGAAGAGGAAGAGGAGGAGGAGGAGGAAGAAGAGGAGGGAGGAGGUCCAGAAGGGCACAUGGUCACUCGCGAGGGCUUGAUGAUGGUUCGAGCUACGGCUUCGGGGCAUAUCGAAGCAACAGCAGCAGCAGCAGCAGCAGAAGCGGCGGCGGCGGCAGGAGAUGCUUAUAACGCGGAUGGGGCCUACGGGAGUGGUGGUGAUGGUGCGUCCUUGCAGCAGCAGCAGCAACAGGUGCCUCAGGAGAAGUUCCUAGACAAGGAGGAGGAGCAUAGAGAGAAAGGGCAGCCGGGGGUUCUGGUGUUAGGGCAGCAGGUGGUGUUGCUGAGAGGGACAGGAGAAGGAGAAGAUGCGUUUACUUCUGAUGCAGGGAAUGAGGAGACGGGGGGACUGGUUGGGCAGGGUGUGGGGAGGGUGAGUGGGAUUGGGCUGGGUGCUGUGGCUGGUGGGAAGAGGUGGAGUGGUGGAGAAGGUUUGGGUGGUGGUGUGGGGCAGAGAGAGGGGGGGCUCGGGGAAGGAGGAAAGGAGGAGGGGGCGUUCGAGGAUGGGGGAGAAGAUGAGGAGGGUGCAGGCUUCGUGGGAGGGGAAGGAGAGGAGGAGCAGGGGGGGCAGGCAAGGCUGAAGAGGUUGGUGGAAGCUGGUAGAGUAAGGGACAAGAGAGCCAUGAGUGCUGCAAUGGCUAGGGUUGCAAAGUGGGUGGACGAGAGUAAGGAUGCACAGUGCAGGGCAGUGCAGGGUUUAGGAGAUUGGGACAGUGGAGGAGAGGGGGAGGGGGGAAGGGAAUGGGGCAUGGGGGUAGGUGGGUUAGAGGAGGAACCUUGGAAGGGGGCGGAGGGAGGGGAGUGGGAUUCGGAUGGGGAAAGCCGAGCAGGGGAAGGGGAAGGGGAAGGGGGAGGGGAAGGGAGCCUGGUAAUGGCGCAGGUUUCCCCCAUGAUGGGGGGGUUGUCCCCCCCCAUGCGCGCUUCCCCCCAGCAGAGCUGGUCCGCCUGGAGGGGGGAUGAGGGGGAGGAUGACGAGGGGGAGGAGGAAGGCUUUCGGGGGUUCAAUGGAGUAGGUGAUGGGAGCGUUGGGGAGGGGGGAGAGGUAUUGCAGGGACGUGGGGAGUGGGGGGAGGAUAGAGUAGGAAGAGGAGUGAGGAAUGAGUCUGAUGCAGGGGAGGAGGAUUGGGGGAGCGGACAGGAGGGGGGGGGUGGAGUGGCAAUGGCAGGAGCAGCGGCAGCGGCAGCGGCAGCAGCAUCACAGCAGCAUGGAGCAGGAUAUAUGGGCCAAGGAGCGCGUUACAUGAGUCAGGAGCAGAGAGAGGAGGAGGAGUAUGGGGGAGGAGAAUACCUAAAUGAGCAUGCAUAUGGCAGUGAGGAGGAGGAGGAGGGGGAGAGAGAGGAGAAUUCGAGGAAUUCUAGUGGUGUUGCUAGGGAGAGGGAGAGGGAGGGAGAGGGAGAGUAUGUGGAGGAAGAGGAGGAGGAGGAGGAGGAGGAAGAGGAGGAAGAAGAGGAAGAAGAGGAAGGUGUAGAGAGUGUGGGGAGAGAGGGGGACGAGUGGGAUGAGGCGGAAAGGAGAGAGCAGGAGGAUGGACGGGGGCAUGGGAGGGAUGUGUGGGAGGAGGGAGAGAGUGGGGAAGAGGAGGAAGAGGAUAAUGAGGAAGAGGAGAGGGCAGAUGAGGAUAUGGAUAGUGAAGGCGGAAGGGGCAUGCCAUGGGGAGCAGGAAUUGGGCAAGGAGGAAGGGCAGGAGAGGAAGAGGAGGAGGAGCAGGAGGAAGAGGAGGAGGAAGAGGAGGAAGAGGAAAUGAGUUUAGAGGAUGGUGAUGGCAAUGGUGACAGCGGGUUUGUACCCUUAGCUAUGGCGAUGCCCAGUAUGGACCUUGACGGCCUUCCGUCUGUGCAUGGCCGAGAGGAGGACGAGGAAGAAGAGGAGGAGGAGGAGGAGGAAGAGCAGGAGGAGGAUGAAGAGGGGCGUAGUACUGAGGGGAGUGAGGAGAACGAGGAGGACCCGUUUCACAAACAUCAUUCCCAAUACCAGCAGUAUCAGCAGCAGGAGCAGCAGCAGCAGCAGCAGUACCAGGCACAGCAGCAGUACCAGGCACAGCAGCAGCAGCAGCAGCAGCAGCAGCACCCAAUGUAUCAUGGCAAGCGGCCGUCAAUGGUCCCCACCAAUGCUGCUAUGGCAGGCAGUGAUGACAGCGAAGAGCAGAGCGGUGAGGAAAGAGAUGAGCAGUACCAGGCACAGCAACAGCAGUACCAGGCUCAGCAGCAGCAGCAGCAGCAGCAGCAGCACCCAAUGUAUCACGGCAAGCGCCCGUCAAUGGUCCCCACCAAUGCUGCUAUGGCAGGCAGUGAUGACAGCGAAGAGCAGAGCGGGGAGCAGAGCGAAGAGCAUAGGGAUGGGCAUUACGAGGAGCAUUAUGAUGAGGAGAGGGAUGAGCAGAGCGGGGAGCAAUAUGAUGAGCAGAGCAGUGAACGGUAUAAUGAGCAUAGGGAUGAGCGCAAUGGGAGUAGCCAAGACGAAGAGGGUCAACAAGACAGAGAGGACGUUAGUGGGGAUGAGGAGGAGGAGGAGGAGGAGGAGGAGGAGGAGGAGGAGGAGGAGGAGGAGGAGGAGGAGGAGGAGGAGGAGGAGGAGGAGGAGGAGGAGGAGGAGGAGGAGGAAGAGGAGGAGGAAGAAGAGGAGGAGAACAGUCGUGAGCAGUAUGAGCAGGAGAUGCGGUACGGGCGGGAGGGGGUGGAGGGGGGCGAAGAGAGUGAGGAGGACAGACAACAGGACAGCCAGGCUUAUGGGCAGAGUCAGGAGUAUGAGCAAAGCCAGGAUUACACACAGAGCCAGAAAUACGAAGAGAGUCAGGACUACACAGAAAGCCAUAAAUAUGAGCAGAGUCAGGAUUACACACAGAGCGGGGAAUACCAUCAGAGUGGGGAAGGGUACAGUCACCCUCACAACCAGCAGAACAGGCACAGGCACAACGAAAGCCACAGUCAGGCCAGUAGUGGUUCAGGAAGUGUUCCCUUGGCUAACCCGCCGGAUUUCCCCUCUCCCUCCUAUGCUGCUCCAGCUGCCUUCCCAGACACACCCAUGUCUCUAGACUCGUCCUCGAUCGCCCUCGCCUUACCGGCCAGUAACGGCAUCUUCAGCAACAGCAAUGGCAACAGCAACGGCAACAGACCGGGUCCUCCUUAUCUAGCUCCCCUCCGCACCCACAACAGCGAUAGCAGCGAGGAAUCUCUAGACCUUGCUGCUGCUGCCGCUGCUGCUGCUGCUGCUGCUGCUGCUGCUGCUGCUGCUGCUGCUGCUGCUGUGGGUGGUGCUGGUGGUGGUGUUACGGCAGUAUCUGUGUUUCCUGGCGGCAAACCGCCGUCGCGCCAAGCGUCCAUGGUGGCAUCUCAGCCCAUCUCCAGACAGGUGUCCAAUCAGGGGCCGCCACGUCAGCUGGGCAAUGCUGCUGGUGCUGGUGGUGGUGGGUGGGGGGGGGUGAACGGUCAUGGAGCGAUGGGGAGAGGCGAGGAGAGUGAGGAGGAGAGUGAGGAUGUAGUGAGUGCUGCAACAUCGUCCGAUGGUGAGGUGGUGACUGCAGCGCCUAUGGCAACAAUGGAAUUAGUGGAAGGAGAAGAGGAGGACGAGGAGGAAGAAGAGGAGGAAGAGGAGGAGGACGAGGAGGAGGAUGCUAGUGGCUCUGAUAUGGAUUCGCUGCACGAUUCAGUGAGGGGAGGAGGGCGUGGAGGUAUGAUGAAAGGAAUGGUGCUUCAUCCUAGUUCUAAAGUGGCUGUACAGCCAGUCAGAGAGGCGCAGUGGGAAGAGGAGGAGGAGGAAGAGGAAGAAGAGGAGGAGGAAGAAGAUGAAGAGGAGGAGAGGGGACACAUAAGAGGCAGAGGCAGUAGGGCGGCAAAUCAUGGGGGGAGUGUGGAGAGUGGGGAGGAGGGCUCAAGUGAUGCAGAGCUAGCACCUGUUGCUUCUCUGGUGGAGGGUGGGAAGGGGAGCGGAAGGGGGAGUGGGAGGGGGAGCGGAAGGGAGAGCGGACGGGGGAGUGGAAGGGAGAGCGGGAGCAGGAAUGGGAGCAGGAGCGGGAGCAGAAACGCGAGUGAGCAUCCUGCUGGGUUUAGAGACGGAUGGGGAGGGGAUUCUCUUGACGGAAGCAUGGAAGGGGACGAAGAGGAGGAGGAGGAUGAGGAGGAGAGUGAUGACGAUGAUGAUCUGGCAAGGAGUGGGUAUGAGCCACCCUUGGCAAUGCCGGUGGCAGCAGCAGGAAGAGGGGGAGCGGGUCACAAGAACAGCAGGGGUAAUCGCUGGGCUGGGGGUGGUGGUGGCGGCGAGAGCAGCAGGGACGGCGACAGCAGUACAGCAGGCGGGGACUUCAUGAGUGAAGCUGAUUCAGAGUUUGGCGUCCCGAUCGCCAUGCCGCUGGAUGCUGAGGAAAAGAGGAGGAUUAUUCGAGCAGCUUUGCCUGUACAUAGUGAGGAUGAUAGCGGUAGCGGGGAGGAGCAUGGGAGGCGGCACCGGAGGAGGGGUGGUGGUGGUGGUGAUGAGGAGGAGGAUAGUGAGGAGCAUGAUUACACUGAGAGUGGGGACGAGGGGAUUGCGACUGGGGAAUUCACGAGCGAAUUUGCUCCUCCCAUUGCCAUGCCUCUUAUCCACGGCACGGCUGUUGCUGUAGAUGAUGAUGAUGAUGAUGACAGUAAUUUCAGCAGCCAAGAACUAGAUGAGGACGAAGAGGAGGAAGAGGAGGAGGACGAGGGAGGAGGAGGAGGAGAAGGGGGAGGAGGACGGAGAGGUGGUGGGAAAGGGAGGAGGAAGAACCGGAGCAGGGGCAGCAGCCGGCGCAACCAGGACUCUUUCAGCGAUGCGAACAGCGAGCUCGGCGCACCGAUCGCCAUGCCCGUUGCCUCGGAGGACUACGAGAGCAGUCAAGGAGACUGGGACCAGGGCGAGUUUUCCCGGAGACCCAGCCAGAACAGCAGCGGGCCGCUUGCCGCACGCCCGUCCUCCUCCUCCUCCCGCAUUCCCGUCGGCGGCAGCAGCAGGAAAACCGCCGGGUUGCCUCCCGCCGUGCCCCGACCGAAGGGCGCGGCAGGAGGAGGAGGAGGAGGAGGAGCGAGCGGAGCGGGGGAUGGGCUGCGAGCACAGAAAGCCAUGGUGGAUGCUCAGAACCCGUUCAGGGGAGGAGGAGGACCUCCCUCUGUGGCUUCUUCUCAGGAUUACACGGUGGUGCAUGGGACUGGGAGGCGGGCGGUUGUGCCGCUGAGAGGGGCGACAGGGUCCAUGAGGAGUGGUGGUGGGAGACUGUUGGAGGAUGAAGGGUCGAUGCAUGGAGGGAUGCAGUCGGCACGGCACACUGGUCCGGUUAGAACCUCAAGCCUGCAAUCCGACGGCUCUCCUUUGCUCAACCACACCAACACGCAGCGAUCCAACCAUUCGUCUGGGCAGGGGGGCACACGAGCAGACACAAUCGACAGGGAGGGGAAGAGCAGGAGAAGUGGGAGGGCCAGCAGUGGAGGCAGCUGGGUAGAGCAGAAACGCGGGGGAAGCGGAAGAGGAACCAAGGAGGAGGAGGGGCAGGAGGAGGAGGAGGAUGUGUCAGGGAAGGAUCUGGAAGAACCAAAUGAGAAGCUCUGGGAGGAGGACGGCACGGGGCUGCGGCGGAUUGAGAUGGAUGAGUCGAAGCGGCUCCGGAGUGCUGUGUCUUCUGGCUCGUGCUUCCUGCAGUGCAUGUUCAAGCGACCAGCUACUAAGGACUGA